ACUGACCCCUUCAUUUAGCACUGUAAUGUCCAGAUCAACUCAAUCUUUGAUCUAGUCACUAACAGAAUUCAGUUUUUAACUUUUCAUUUCACUCAUUAGAAAUAGAUAGAAGUUGACGGUGAGGUGCCUUUGGAAAUUUUUGGUCUGUCAUUGUAGAUACAGACCCACAGAUUCCUUCUGGCGAAUCUGUCAAACAUAUGUGGAGAAUCUUAAUUUUUUUUUUUUUCGUCCAUAUCGAAAUCUGCUCAGUCAUAUUCAGUUAUGUCUUCUUUUUAAUGUGCCUUUAAGAGUCACUCUGCAGAGAAUCUAUUCUUUUUCUACAGCUUCUGCCAAGGUUUCAAAGAAAGUAUACAGUGGAGAAUCCAGACCAUCUACAUCCUAUAUUCAUCAAAGUUUUCUGCAAUUAAGGAAAAAUGCCAGGUGCCAUCGGAGGGCCUCAGGGCUACACACCACCUGAGGGUGGCUGGGGUUGGCUGGUGGUGAUUGGGGCCUUUAUCUCUAUUGGCUUCUCCUAUGCAACUGCCAAGUCCAUCACUGUCUUCUUCAAGGAAAUUGAAGUGAUAUUCAAUGUGAGCAGCAGCCAGGUGUCUUGGAUCUCCUCCAUCAUGUUAGCGGUCACAUACGGUGGAGGACCUAUCAGCAGCAUCCUGGUGAACAAAUAUGGGAGUCGUCCUGUCAUGAUGGUUGGAGGACUCCUGUCAGGAACUGGAUUCGUUGCUGCUUCUUUCUGCAACUCCGUUGGGGCACUAUAUUUUUGCGUGGGUGUAAUGGGAGGUUUGGGAUUGUCCUUUAACCUCAACCCAGCCCUCACUAUGAUUGGAAAAUACUUCUUCAAGAGACGGCCGGUAGCUAAUGGGAUUGCCAUGGCUGGUAGCCCCGUCGUUCUCUCUACGCUGGCUCCUCUUAACACCUGGCUCUAUGACCAGUUUGGUUGGAGAGGAAGUUUUCUAAUCCUGGGUGGCCUUCUUCUUAAUUGCUGUGUGGCUGGCUCCCUCAUGCGACCAAUAGGACCAAAACCCAAACUUGCAGAAAAGACCACUGAAAAAAAGAGUGUAUUGCAGAUUAUUAACAGCUUCCUGGACUUCACUUUAUUUAAACACCGGGGAUUUUUACUGUAUAUUAUGGGCAAUGUUGUCAUGUUGUUUGGUUUAUUUGCUCCACUGGUGUUUCUUUCCAAUUAUGCAAAGAGUAAAGAAAUCCCUAAAGAGAAGGCAGCGUUUCUUCUCUCUGUGUUGGCUUUUGUUGACAUGGUUGCACGGCCCUCAAUGGGCAUUGUAGCCAACACUAAGUGGAUUCGGCCCAGGAUACAGUACUUCUUUGCGAUUUCUGUCUUGUAUAAUGGUGUGUGUCAUGUUCUUGCUCCAAUAUCAGUAGACUACAAAGGCUUUGUAAUUUAUGCCAUCUUUUUUGGAUUUGCCUUUGGCUGGCUGAGCUCAGUGCUGUUUGAGACCUUGAUGGAUUUGGUUGGGGCCCAGCGCUUUUCAAGUGCUGUUGGGCUGGUCACUAUUAUGGAGUGUGCGCCAGUUUUGUUAGGGCCCCCAUUACUUGGAAAGUUCAAAGACGUCUACCAUGAUUACAAGUACACGUACCAGGGCUGUGGGAUUGUUCUCAUUGUCUCCAGUGUCUUCCUGUUUGUAGCCAUGGGAAUUAACUAUCGACUGUUGGACAAGGAGAAAAAAGAAGAGGACAGAAAGACCAGGAUGGGAGUUAGACAACCAAAUGCCAGCAGGGAUAACUCUGCCAAAGAGGUUGGAGAGGUUAGGAACAGUGAGGACACUGUUUAGUGCUCUAUUACAUGCCUGCUUGCAUUUUAUAACGCAAUCUAAUGUUGUUCGGAGUUAUUUUUCUAUGAAUAACUUCACAUCAACAUGCCUCUGUUUCAUUAUAUGCUGUUUUCGAAGAAUGCCGGUGAUAUCACAGACCUUUAUUAGAACCCUUAAAGCUGUAUUAAACUGUCAACAUAAAAUACCUCGUAUGCAUUAUUUACUGUUUGUUUGUCCUACAAGAUAUAUAAUACGACAAUUAUGUUUAGUCAGGGGUUUUUAUUAAUGUUUUUCUCUUUGCAUAAUUAUAUAUGCUUGUUGUAUUUUAAUAUAUACCAGGAUCACAGAAAAGCAUUGUAUUUUGAAAGAAGUGUUUUCUUCUUUUUUUUUUGGAGUGUAGAUUAGCAAGUCAUUUCUCCACCCCUCAAACAUUGCUCAUUCCUAUAAGAUAUUCUUUCAGCAUUUGAUUUAUCUUGUAAAGAUGUUGUUUGUAAUAUAAUUGUUCAUUAAAUUAGGAUAUUUUUGGAAAUUAAUACAAUCUUGAAGUACUGCUUUGUUUGCUAACAGAAUAGGAAUAUGUGGCACCAACUGCAGUUUAUUGUAUUUUCUGUAUUUAUGGAAGUUACCUUAGAAACAAAUAAAAAGCAGUUUAUCAAAA